AUGGAGAAGAUUGCUAGGCAUUAUGAAUUAGGUACUGCACCGAAAGUCUAUAAUGUUGGUCUUUUUAAUGCUGAUGUUUCAGAUGGGAUGCAGUGGAAGUUCACUCCAACUCAAAGAGAGGGGAGAGUAAAGCCAGGAGAAAGAACACUUGCCUUUUACAAUGCUGAGAACAAAAGUUCAGCUCCAAUAACUGGAGUCUCCACAUACAAUGUCACUACCAUGAAGGUAUAUAAAUUAGCCUCGGUGAAUGACUAUCAAGUAUCAACUUCCCUUGAUACAUUCUUCAUUGAUUUUCAAAUUCAUAUAGUUUGUUUUAGGGCAGUGGUUUAUUUCAACAAGAUACAGUGUUUCUACUUUGAGGAACAACGAAUUCUUCCGGGAGAACAGAUCGACAUGCCGGUCUUCUUCUACACUGAUCAUGAGUUUGAGACUGAUCCAAAAAUGGAUGAAAUCAACAACCUGAUAUUGUCUUACACUUUUUUCAAAGUGUCCGAGGAAAAUACUACAGAUCCAACAGCUCUGUUCCAGUUUAAGAAACCAAUUGAAAAAGUGUCUAUUCUUAAAAGAAACUAA